GUUCGCUAUCAGUUCAUUACCAGACAUGUAUAAGUACGUACAAGAGUUCAAACUCUACGAGAAUAUAUUCAUCGAACCAAACAUCCAGUCAGCUAAUUAUGACGGUGUUAUUGUUCUACUGUAUCCACCGGAACUCAACGUGGGACUACCAAGACAGAUUACCAGUUUCGUUGACUCACUUUCGAAGAUAGAUAAUCAUAUACACAAAGUCCCGACUGUUUGGAGUUGUGAUUAUGUAUCCGGAGGGAGACUAGUGCUGUCUCCAACAGGAAAAGUUACUCCAUAUCAUGAUGUUGGAGUUAUCAGAGAUGCAGUCAAGAAAGGAAUGCAGAGAGCUCUCGAUGCCGGUAUGAAAAAGCCUUUGCUUGUUAUAACAAGUGUUGUAGAUUUCCCGGAUGGACAACUUGUUGGGAUCUUAGGAGCUUUAGAAGCCUUAUACGUUCCAUUGCAGAUAAGGGAGAUAAAAGAUACGAAGAAUUUCAUUCAUAUUGGGUUCCAAUCUGAUGAGAAAGUAACGGACGUUUUUGAAAGGGUUGUUCGGAAUGCACUCGCUUUGGAACAUUCGAGAAUCGUCGCUAGGGAUAUCGCUGGUAGCGAUCCAGAAAGAAUGGCUCCUGCGAAAAUAGUGGAGUACGUUCAGAAUUCCUUCGCUGGUGACAGUAAUAUAACAAUUAAUGUUAUUGAAGAUGAAGCGGUUCUUGCAAAGGAAUAUCCCCUUUUAGCAGCUGUGAAUAGAGCUGCAAAUCACAUUGAAAGACACAAAGCAAGGGUUGUUGAAAUUCUUUACAAUUCUUCAAAUCCUAAUAGAGUUACGGAAACCUUACUACUCGUCGGCAAAGGUGUCACUUACGAUACAGGUGGUGCCGAUGUGAAGAUCUCAGGGAGGAUGGCUGGCAUGUCAAGAGACAAAAGUGGAGCAGCCGCAGUAGCAGGUUUCAUGAAAGCAUGUUCAAUUCUAAAACCACCCCAUCUGAAAGUAACUGGUGUGCUGUGCCUCUGCAGAAAUUCCAUUGGUGAAGAUUCUUACGUCGCUGACGAGCUGUUGACUUCUAGAAGUGGUAAAACAGUUCGCGUUACAAACACCGAUGCUGAAGGUCGUUUAGCCAUGGCAGAUUCGGUGUUCAAAUUCACUGAAAUAGCUGCGAAAGAGUUGAAUCCCCAUAUAUAUACUAUAGCCACUUUGACUGGCCAUGCAAAGGCAUGUUACGGCAAUCAUACUGCAGCUAUGGACAAUCAUAGCGCAAAAGCUACUAAUCAUUCCAGUAAACUUCAAUUUAGUGGAUUCAGGAUGGCGGAAGGCAUUGAAAUAUCAACGGUACGUUCUGAAGACUUGGCUGUGAACAUGGGGAAAUGUAAAGGUGACGAUUUACUUCAGUACGACACAGACGCUAAAAGCAGGAACCAUCAGUUAGCAGCUGGAUUUCUGAUCAAAGUUGGAGGUCUGGAAGAUACUAAUAUUAAAUACACACACCUGGAUAUCGCUGGAGCUGCAGGUGCCCCUCCAGAAGAGCCAACUGCUGUUCCGAUAUUAACCUUAUGCCAUGCGCAUAAGGUUUUAAUUUGAUAACUUUCAUAAUCUUUUUCGUAAUUUUGUUUUGAUAAUGUAUCUUAAUAUUUUUA